AUGACGCUCGUUCUCAACAAACUUAACCAAGACAUACUCGACAGGAUAUUCCUGCACUUUGACGAUUUCGCGACUCUGUCAGCGGCCAUACGCACCUGCGAGGCGUUCUACAACGUCUUCUGCUCGCGCCCCAAGUCUAUCUUGAAUGCUAUUGCGGCGAACAUCAUCAAGUAUGAGCUUCCGGCCGCACGCAGGCUGGCGAGGGAGAUGAUGUAUAGGAAGCUGUACACCGUGGAAGGCAGUGACUCGGAGGACGAGUUGGAUCUGCCUAGUGAGAGGAGCUACAUGCGAAUGCUCAUGAGCAGGCGAGAGGCCCAUGAGAUUUGCCAUAAUGCACGGGUCGUGCGGCAUCUGGAGGGUCUCUUCAGUCUUAGGUUCUGGCUUUAUUGCCUUGUGUUCGAGAUACACGAUGACGAGGAGGCGUGUGACCCCGUCAACAGUAUGGAGCAUCUAAAUGCUUACUCCACUCUUGAGUUGUUUGAGAUUCAUAGGGUAGCUAAAUUUCUUGUGGAACUUAUCGCUUGGACGGCCAGUGUAGAAGAGAAUAUCCCGGUGCACUCGCCCCAGCUAGCGGAUGAGGUCAGAGUACUUGUCUCGGCGGGGCCCAAGCACAUUCUCAAGGACUUCAAACACUGUCGGCUGAAUAGAACGAUGUCGGCCAUGGGCCCGAGUCAUUUUUGGAGGGCAUUUGACAUGGUCAUGGCCAAGCGCGAUCUCGACAAGGUCGCAUGUGAGAGUGGCUCGUCCAGAGCGAUUGUUAGUGGGGUUGUUGGCGACAAGGACCGCUGCUGUCGAUGCUUAGAUGUUCAAGGACUCAAUCUCUGGGGAGCGGCCAACUGGCGGUGGAUGCGUGCCACGAUCGACCUGGCGACCAUCCUCCAGUCGCUUGGCGGACAGCUGUUUGGGAAUUGGCACGAGACGCGGUUGAUACUCGCACACCUGGACGGGCGCACGAGCGCACAGUACGCUGAGAUGGUCGGGGAGAUGUUUGACCUGCCUAGCGAGGGGCCCGCGCUGCAAAAGGAUGGAUGGUUCCGCCUGUGGUGGAUUGAGUACAAGCGGAAGAGUGCGUCUGCAUGUCUAUUUUCUGGGUGGUUCGUAUUUAUCACUAACAGAACGUCCGUUUGGCAGCUGGAAUUCCACUACGACCUGACUGCAUUCACGGCUAUGACUGCUCGUUACAAUACCGGGAUGUACAUGCGUUUGGUUUCAAUGGAUUUCCCAGACGCAAUUUGCCGGUCGGCGAUAAUCUCUUUCGGUCAGUGGGAGUUAAAGAAUGACUUCUUCAGGGUGAAGCUCCACGGGGCUCCGUGGUUGAGCAUCUUUCUCAACUACGGCAUACAAGGGAACGUGGGUGGCGUCUAUGUAACACCAUCCUUCUGGUCAAGCACCGUGUGCAACGAAAAGCAGAACUUGGAUCAAGACCACUGCAAAUUCAUCCAAACGCACUUCAAUAAUAAGAUCAUCCGUGGAUACCCCGUCGCAGAAUUCGCCGAGGCGGUAUGGGGCUACAACUGCGAAUCAAUUCCGCCGCCAGUCGGCUCUGCAUGCUAUAUCAUCCCUCACGACCUGGCCAAUUCGUACUGUACCUCUAGUGAACGCGAAGCAUUCACCCACCUUGCUUCAAUCAUGCAAACCCUCAUCGAGCAAAUACUCCCCGGAGGAGGCACGUUGGAGGGCCGACCACGCGCUUAUGUGCGAAACGCACGCCACAUUCGUGAUAAUAAGAUGGUUGCCAGUCAUGCCGUCCGCCCAGACGUCGCAUGGUCGACUCGUGAAAGGCCUGAGAGUGACUGUUGGCGAUCAUCUUGGCGAUCCUGCCUGGCGUUCGGGGAAAUACGUAGAGGACAACUAAAUCCGCUUGCACUCUCUCAAGACAUAGAGAUCAGGUCUGGUCAAUCUAGACAACCAAUGAAGACUGGUAGCUCUUUGUCGGGUUGCGAUAAUUCUCCCUCUGCUCGCGGUUUCAGCUCGGAGUCCACGAAGAGAAAGCGAUUCUCGAAUGACAUGAACAAUUUGGGCCCAAAGCGACAUUGUUUCCUCCACAGCGAACAUCUUUCUGGCAUCUCCCAGUCGCGCCUGGACACGACACCUCUGCAUCGUGAUGAAGAGCUUGCAGCUCGAUAUGUUAUGGAGAUGAUGAAUCGUACCCUACGGUCGUUCGCGUCCGGCUUCUCAGUCAAUGGCACGCAAAUGACGCUGUGGUACGCGGACCGCGUGGGAGUGGUGCUCUCUGCACCAUUUGACUUGUUUCAGCAACCCGAAUUACUUGUUCUCGUGUUGGCCGCCCUCGGCUCAGCGGACCUCACCAAAUUGGGCUUCAACCCAUUUUUCGAAUUCCCGGACCCAGCGUUUAGGCCGUACGGCGAGCGCAUGGUGUUGCCAGCAGAUCUUGUGCACGAUGCAGAAGAUUAUAGUCGGAACGCCGGUGGGAUGAGACUCAACGACUCCACAAUAGGGCAAAGCACGAGUAUCUACGCUAUCAAAGCUGCUGGAAAGGCUAGAGUGCUGUUUGGUGCCGGCGAUCUGGCAGUAAAGGUAUCCUGGCCCCCUUCGAGUGAAAAGGUGUCGGAACAUGCGAAGCUCGCCGUAGUGCGUCGCCGUAUGCGCGAGAAGGCGCCGCGCUAUCUGCGCCUUCUGGUGCUCAAGGCGUAUAUGCAGUUGCAGUUCAUCAGCAGCAUCGAGGAGUUCAAGACUGUGUACAUCGAUGUUGUUCGUGCCCACUACUGGGUAUUUGAGAAGGCUCAGGUCCUCCACGGCGACAUCAGUGAAGGCAACGUCAUGUUUUACAGGGAGGCAGGCCGGACCUCCGGUGUUCUGGUUGACUGGGAUCGAGCGACUUAUAGGAAUACCCAUGACGAAGCCCAUGAUGAUUUGGAAGAUGUAGACCUCGACAUAGAGUCCCGGCCCACCAAGAUAAGACGAGUCGAUGUACCGUUGAUAUGGGGAACACCAAUUUUCAUGGCAAUUGCACUGCAACGUCCUAGCGGCCGGCCACUCCCUCGCUAUCAUCACGAUUUAGAGGCGUUCUUCUGGCUGCUCGUUUGGUUCUGUACCUCGUUCCAACCCGGGGAGACCGCAUUUCACUCGGCUAGCUGGUGCAACAGCAGCAGAGACGAGGAACUUGGGCUGAACAAGAAAACGAUGCUGGAAGACGAUGCGUACUGGGCGUCAGAGACUGCCGCCGCUGAUGAGCCUUACGGAAAGCUCCUCAAAGAAUGGGCACUACCGCUCCGCGAACCGUUUGCCCUGGCCACGAACCUAUCAGACAAAAUCUACACGUUGCGUGGAUGCAUCGACGAUGCACAAAGUUGUGGCCGAUGGCUUGCGGCCAGAAACCUAGCUAAAGACUUGAAAUCCAGAAUCGAGGAACGCAAGGACGCGAUAUCGUACGAAAAGUUCUUGGCCAUCUUAGGUGCACCGACGGAUAUUGCUGCGUAA